AUGCCCGAUGAUGGAAACAAGGAGCCAAAGUGUUUGCUCCAUGAAGAUGGUGGCAUGGCUGUAGAAAAGGGGAGCUCGGAAAAGAAGGAAGAUGAUAGUUUGAUUCAGCAGAAAAAGAUUGCAUCAAAUGCAGACAACAAUGAACCAACCCUUCUUCAAAAUCUUGCUUCUGGAGGUUUUGAAGUACCUGGACAUGAUUGCUUUGUUCAUGACACUGUCCUUGGAACUGAAGAAACCGUGAAUUCCAGUGAGCAGUUAGAAAAGGGAAACGAAGAUGUUGGUGAUGGUGAUAAUGACUCAUAUGAAAAGAGUUUGCAUUAUCAAGCUUCAAAGAAAUCUGGCAUGGUUGAAAGCAAGGAAAGCCACAAAACAAUAGAAAAUUUCAGCAGCUCAUAUGGCUUCAUCCCUAGAUGGGAGUGUAAAUGGAACACCAAGUUUGAGAAAAACUAG